UCCGAUGUACGGGUGUGCCUAGCUCCACCUCCUGUCUUCGCAUUAACCAAUAAGGUCGAUGAUACCAGAUCAGGUUAGGUAGAGCCCCCUUGAAGGGUGCUGGGUUGCUCCGUGCCGUAGUGGUACGGGGUGGGUGGCGGGGGGCCUGUACUGGUCUGGUUGAGAAUUAGGAAGUGUAGGGGAGUGCAGGAGGAUGAUUGGCAGACUGUAGGAAGAGGAUUCGCACACACGCGUCAAUCAUAGCAAUAGAUAUACUGUACAUAAAUAAGGUGCUCAUCUUGGGGCUCACGCCUUGACAAGACAUGGAAGGGCCCUCACAGGAAGGUGACCUGCUCACUGUGAAGCACGAACUGCGGACAGCAAACUUAACAGGACACACAGAAAAAGUUGGCCUGGAAAACUUUGAACUCUUGAAAGUCCUUGGAACUGGAGCAUAUGGCAAAGUAUUUCUGGUGCGGAAAAUCAGCGGCCAUGACUCUGGGAAGCUUUAUGCAAUGAAAGUAUUGAAAAAGGCAACUAUCAUUCAAAAAGCCAAGACAGCUGAACACACAAGAACAGAGCGACAAGUUUUGGAACAUAUAAGGCAAUCGCCUUUCCUUGUUACACUUCAUUAUGCUUUCCAAACAGACACAAAACUUCAUCUCAUUUUGGAUUAUAUUAAUGGUGGAGAGCUCUUCACUCAUUUAUCCCAGAGGGAGAAGUUCACUGAAAAUGAGGUGCGGGUAUAUAUUGGGGAAAUUGUUCUGGCACUUGAACAUUUACAUAAGCUUGGAGUAAUCUAUCGGGAUAUAAAACUCGAGAACAUUCUUCUAGACUCCAGUGGACACGUGGUGUUAACAGAUUUUGGACUUAGUAAAGAGUUUCUGUCUGAUGAAAAUGAAAGGGCAUAUUCUUUUUGUGGGACUAUAGAGUAUAUGGCACCAGAGAUUGUAAAAGGAGGUGAUUCAGGACAUGAUAAGGCAGUAGACUGGUGGAGUUUAGGUGUCCUAAUGUACGAGUUACUGACUGGAGCAUCCCCUUUUACUGUUGAUGGAGAGAAGAAUUCUCAGGCUGAAAUUUCUAGGAGGAUAUUGAAAAGUGAACCCCCUUAUCCUCAAGAAAUGAGUGACUCUGUAAAAGACCUAAUUCGGUGCCUUUUACUAAAGGAUCCCAAGAAACGAUUGGGAUGUGGAGCAGAUGGAUGUAAUGAAAUAAAAAAACAUCCCUUCUUUAAGAGUCUUCAUUGGGAUGACUUGGCUGCUAAAAGAAUACCUGCACCAUUUAAACCCAUAAUUAAAGAUGAAUUGGAUGUUGGAAAUUUUGCAGAGGAGUUUACAGAAAUGGAUCCCACAUACUCCCCUGCUGCUUUGCCUAUGAACGCAGACAGGAUAUUUCAGGGCUAUUCUUUUGUUGCACCUUCUAUUCUGUUUAAGCCCAAUGCUGCUAUAGCAGAUCCUUUGCAGUAUCAUUUCGGAAUUGAACGUCCUGGCAUUACAUCUAUAGCAAGGAGUGCAAUGAUGAAGGACUCUCCUUUUUAUCAGCAUUAUGAACUGGAUCUUAAAGACAAACCACUGGGUGAGGGAAGUUUUUCCAUAUGCCGCAAAUGCUUGCAUAAAAAAACAAACCAAGAUUAUGCAGUGAAAAUCAUCAGCAAACGUAUGGAAAGCAACACUCAGAGAGAAAUUGCAGCCAUGAAGCUUUGUCAGGGUCACCCAAAUAUAGUGAAAUUGCAUGAUGUUUUCCACGAUCAGCUUCACACAUUCUUAGUGAUGGAGUUACUGAAAGGAGGUGAAUUAUUUGAACGCAUCAAGAAAAAGAAAUUAUUUAGUGAGACAGAAGCCAGUUAUAUCAUGCGCAGACUUGUCUCAGCUGUCAGUCAUAUGCACGACGUUGGAGUAGUCCAUAGAGAUCUGAAGCCUGAGAAUUUUCUGUUUACAGAUGAAAGUGAUAACUCUGAGAUAAAAAUAAUAGAUUUUGGAUUUGCUCGAUUAAAGCCACCCGACAAUCAGCCACUGAAAACUCCAUGUUUUACUCUUCAUUAUGCUGCACCCGAACUUUUGAAUGAAAGUGGCUAUGAUGAAUCAUGUGACUUGUGGAGCCUGGGAGUCAUUUUAUAUACCAUGCUGUCGGGUCAAGUGCCCUUCCAGUGUCAUGGAAAGACCUUACAAUGUGCAAGUGCUGAAGAUAUAAUGAAGAAAAUAAAGCAAGGCGACUUCGCAUGUGAGGGUGAAGCUUGGAAAAAUGUGUCCCAGGAGGCCAAAGACUUGAUACAAGGGCUACUCACUGUGGAUCCUAAUAAACGAAUUAAGAUGUCAACUUUAAGAUACAAUGAGUGGCUCCAAGAUGGCAGCCAGCUUUCUUCCAACCCACUUAUGACACCAGAUAUUCUAGGUUCAGCAGGAGCUUCUGUGCACACUCAUGUGAAAGCUACAUUUCACGCAUUUAACAAGUACAAGCGAGAAGGAUUCCGUCUCCAGAAUGUAGACAAAGCACCACUGGCAAAGCGCAGGAAAAUGAAGAAGACCAGCACAAGCACAGAAACACGAAGCAGCUCCAGUGAGAGCUCACACUCCUCCCACUCACAUGGCAAAACCUCACCUGCAAAAAUGUUGCAGCCAGCUAAUCCUUCUGAGAGCAAUAACCCAGAGGCUAUCUUCCAGUUUGCAGACUAGAAAAGGAGGACAUCCUCUGAUUUUAACAAAAUAUAUGUUCUUGGGGAAACAAUCUGUUCAAUAAGCUGCGAUACACACCAUUUUCUGAGUGUUCGCAAGUAAAAGAUGACCCAGUUUGUUUUAAUAUCCUGCAAUUUCUUAAGAACCCUUAAUAGUGCAGGGUUUUUUGCAGGAUUGUUGAGGCUUGAUAUGGAAGGCUAGGGUAUGGUUCAGUACACCUUCCCUGAUCUUUCUUCCAGUGUAAAAGGAAACAUCUUAAAGUUUGUUCACCAAGGGCUGCUGUGAACAAUCGCACUUUUUGCCUUAUAUAACCACUUUGCUGCCAGUACAACCCCUUAAUGCAGUGCUGAGGUUUGUAUGGUCUAUUAAGAGCGAUUGUCAAACUUGUGGCUUCUGUUUAGAUGCCAUAUUUUAACUAUGUAGUUUCUUAUAUAACUUGGAGAAAAUUUGAUAUACUAUAACAGGUGGCAAUAUCCUAUUUAUUUAUUUUGCCCCUUUUAAUAAUACAUAGACAAGUCCUUGAUUUCACAAACAGAAAGCUGCUCAAAGUUGAGUGGUGCCUACAAUGUUUUUUAUCCUCUUUGCUCUUUCCACUAAAACAGCUCUAGAGCAAAAAAUCAUAUUUAUAAAAAAUCAUAUAUUCUACUGCCUGAAAGCAAUUCACCAUAUAUUAGUUUAUUUUUAUUUUCUUUUUAAUGCCCUGUUCUUACAGAAGAGGUUGCAGUCAUUCUAUAAUAUAAAGUGGUCAGAUUAAUUGAAACCCUGUUCUAAACAUAUAUGCAUUUUAUGCUUGUUUUUUUUACAUAAUUACAGUUGUAUUUUUUUUAUAGCCUUGCACUGUGAGUUCCAAUAACCUUUUAUUUAUUUUUUCCUCUAAAAAAAGGCACUUUUUACUAAGAAAGGUUUAGAUCGUUUCUUUUGUACUUAUAAAAGUCCAGUAGUUUCUGUACUGUAAUGGGAAUAAUAGUGGGAACGUAAAACAUUGGACUAUAGAUAAAAAUCAUCGUAGCAAUAUUUAUUGCAGGUUUCUUAGAGGGGAUAAUAAUAUAAACAUUUGAAAACCCCUAAUAUAUGUAAUGAAAAAUAUGUAUAAUUUAUUGGAAAAAUUACAUUUUAUUGGGAAAUUCACUUUUUAGGGUUCUUGAGCCCAGGUCAUGUUUAAUAUAAAUAGAUAAAAAUAUAUGCAAUUGCAUAACAAACAAUACUGCAAUAAAAGCAGGACUUCUGCUCCAGAGAGAGAACUUUUUCUCCCAGUGGAAGGAGUAUGGUGUAUCCGUUUGUCAUUUUUCAUAUUUUGGUGUCACUGGCCCUAAAAAAGGUGCACUACAUAAAUGUGUGACGCAGCUUCUGUACGUUAUCCAUUUGUGUGGUAACAUGAUGCAUGUGUCAUGCACAACAGAUCUGCAUAUUUGUAGUGAUACAUCCAUCUACGUUUAUAUAUUUGUAUUGUCUAGGUUACAUUUAGAAUAAGAAACAUUUUUAGUCUUGUUAGUGCAACAAUAAAAGUACCUUAUGGGUUCCAGUGUACCUUGUGAAUAGCUUUGCUACAGAGGAAAUUAAUAUUGUCUAUGCAAAGUUAUUAUUGAAUAUUUUAGUAAUCUCUAUUUUGAGAUUUAACUUUCACUUUUCUACAAAGCCACUAGUUGUGGUGUUUAAAUAGUGUAUCUAUAUAUUUGGAAGAAUUCUAUACAAAUGAGUAGUUUUUAAAUGUUGUCUUUUUGUGGAUUACUUCAAAGACAUUUUAGAGGGAACACAUGCCCUUCAUUAAAGAGUUGUUUUCUAGUCAUUCUUUUAUAACCCCUAAGAACCAGAUGAAGUACUGUGUUGGGAGUUUCAUGUUUGGACUGGCAGCUGUGAAUGUGCUUUUUAGCCUUGCUUUAUUUUGCAAAUUGUUAAGGCUGGAGUAUUUUGUAGGCUAGGCAAGUGACCGUUAUUGGUUAAGUGGGGGUAGUUUCUAGAACAAAACCUUUUAGCCUCUUGCACUGUAUAAGGAAUUAAACAUUUCUGGUGAUGCAUAAUCCACAGGCACCUGUUGAUGAAUGUUUCAGACUUUACAUGAUCUGCCUAUAAGGCAGAUAUGUGUAACUUUUUUUAAUUUACAUUAUUUGUUUCGACAUAUCGUGCAUAAAAUGAG